UUUUUUUUUUUUUUUGGGAUGUGUGGGUUCGCUAAGGUAUAUACUUAAGAGCAGUUUGAUAAAAUUGCCUGUGUUUGGAUGGGUUUUUCAUGUUAUGGAGUUCAUACCUGUUGAGAGAAAAUGGGAGGCGGAUGCAUUGAAGCUUCGUCAGAUGCUUUGCACAUAUAAAGAUCCUCAAGAUCCACUAUGGCUUGUUGUUUUUCCAGAGGGCACUGAUUUCACAGAACAGAAGUGCAUUCGUAGUCAAAAGUAUGCUUCUGAAAAUGGAUUGCCUAUUCUGAAGAACGUACUUCUUCCGAAGACGAAGGGUUUUUAUGCCUGUUUGGAGGAACUGAGAGGUUCCUUGGAUGCAGGUAUUUAGUAAUGUUAGAGUCAUGCUUUUCCCCUGUGAAGUUAGAAUUUGCUCAUCUUGAUCCAGGGAUAUUCUUAGAUUCAUAGGCGGACAGCGGAUAAGAUACAGUUGAUAUAUUAGAAGCAUGCCCUGUCAAAGCUGACCACAGUGGACAAGGAUGUCUGAUGUGGAUAGAUCUAUUGUCUUUGCUGUUUUCUUUUCCUCUCCAUGUAUGUGGCAUUCUUGUCUUCUCGGAACACCCCUUGUCAUACUUUCUAUUUAUGCGGAGGAAGAGUAUUGUAUCUGAUAUUGACUCUUUGCUAGACCUUCUGCAUUCCUUCAAUCUAUAGAAGGAUGCCCUCAUUUUUUAUGUAAUCCUUUCAGUA